AUGGAUGGUUGGACGAUGGGUAUUGCGCAGGACGAGCCAGAUGAGCAGACACGACUCAUUCAGCCAACCGAAGAUGCUGCACCAGUACAACGACACACGACCGUUGUAGACCACCAGCGGAUGAAAGAACGCUUCGGAACCAUCGUGCGGUCGAAGGAAGGCAAAAUGGUCUCUGUGAACGCCCCUCUCCCUUUCAACCUUCACAACAAGCCCGUCCACCGUGUUUCCGCCUCUGCAUCCGCCUCGACCUCCCAAUCCCGGUCCAACAGACCACCGGCCACCCACGGCAAUGGCAACGGUAACGGAAGAUACCCAUCCCCACACCGAUCAAUUGAUACAGCACAAUCUUCGAGCACCGGAGGUGGAAUCGAAGGAGAGACAGACGAGUCGGGCGGUGGUAUUCGGGGAGGAGAUGGAGCUGGGCGUGGUGGAAGCAGGAGUGGUAGUGCGAAUGGGAUCGGGGGCCAGAGGGGCUUGGGGCUGAGUUUGAAGUUGGUCAACGGGUCUGAGAGGCAGACUAGUGGGACUCGCGGAAGGGGGCGAAGGGUGACUCCUUCGGGUCUGGGGAGUGGUGGUGCUGGUGUUGGACCCGGUGCACAAGCGCCGGCUGAGGGAGAUGGCGGGGAGGAUUGUACUGGACCGGCGGAGCCCACUACUCCAUCAACAGUUGACGCUGUAAACGAAUCUGAAACGGUCGCAGAAGACACGCCACCGAAAUCACCCUUCACACUCAAAGUUGGCUCCAUCUCACGCAGCUGGGGCGAAUGA